UGCAGAGAGAACCCAUUAGUCUGCGAGCAUGCGCACUAUCACGCACAGGCAUUUAAAAGUAGGGGGCAAAGAAGAUCUUCCAGCUUUGAAUAAAGUUUUCGUUCUUUGCUGGAAGCUCCCAUGCCGUUUGCGUUACGAUGAUAGCCUGGGUGCUUACAACGGUGGCUGCCGGACUGCUUGCGCUCGCGGUCUUCCAAAAGAUUGUUUAUCCUUACUUUUGGGAUGACUUGAUUUAUUACCUCAAACUUCGAAAAGUCGGACGGGUGACGAGUCGCAGGAUGAAGAAUGGGGUUAUCACGUACCUCGACUGCUUUGUUGAGCAGACGAGGAGAAUCCCAGAAAAACCGUUCAUUGUUUUCGAGGACCAAGUUCUUACCUACGGAUACGUGGACAGACGGAGCAACAAAGUGGCACAGGUAUUCAGGACGGUGGGUCGUGCGAAAAAGGGAGACACCGCCGCGCUACUGAUGAGCAACGAGCCGGAUUUUAUUUGUGUUUGGUUUGGACUCAGCAAACUGGGCUGCCAGGUCGCGUUUCUCAACUUUAACGUCAAAUCCAAGUCACUUCUUCACUGCAUCGACAGCUGUGGGGCCAAAGUACUCAUCGUAGGCUCAGAUUUAGUGAGUUCCCUCGACGAGGUGCUGAGCACCCUGCAGGACAACGGAAUCGAUCUGUGGGUGGUGGACACGAGCACCCCUCACAAGGGGGUGCACACGCUUCUGGAUAAGAUGGAGACGGCGUCCGAUGCGCCCCCGCCAGCGGAGGGGCCCCCGCGAACGGACAUCAUGUCCACCUUCCUGCUUAUAUUCACAUCAGGCACGACAGGACUCCCCAAGGCGGCGCACAUCAGCCACCUGAAGGCGGUGAUGUGCAUGUGCUUCCUGCGCCUGUGCGGAGCCACGCCCGGGGACCGCGUCUACGUCUCCAUGCCGCUCUACCACAUGUCCGCCACCCUCCUCGGCCUCGGGGGGUGCAUCGACCUCGGAGCCACGUGUGUUUUGAAAAGGAAGUUUUCCGCGAGCCAGUUUUGGAAGGACUGCCAGAAGUACGACGUCACGGUGUUUCAAUACAUCGGAGAACUCUGCCGGUAUCUGGUUAACCAGCCCAAGGUUGCCGAGGAGACGGCUCACCGCGUGCGCAUCGCCGCGGGCAGCGGCCUGCGGCCGGACGUGUGGCGGGAGUUCCGCCGUCGCUUCGGGAACGUGCGGAUCCGCGAGUCCUACGGCCUGACGGAGGCCAGCGUCGGAUUCGUCAACUACACCGCCGAGCCGGGGCCAAUCGGGCGCGCCGGGUACUUCAACAAGCUCAGUUUGCCUUUUGAAUUCUUGAAGUAUGACCCGGUAACCUACGAGCCGGUCCGAAACGACGCAGGACGCUGCGUGAAAUCUAACAGAGGAGAGACGGGUAUUCUGGUUGCCCCGGUGACGGCCAUGAACCCCUUCCUGGGGUACGCCGGAAACAGGGCGCUCUCGGAAAAGAAGCUCCUUCGGGACGUCUUGAGGGAGGGCGACGUGUACUUCAACAGCGGGGACCUGAUGCUCCGGGACCACCGAGACUUCGUGUACUUUCGGGACCGGGUCGGGGACACGUUCAGGUGGAAGGGGGAGAACGUGGCCACCACCGAGGUGGCGGAGGUCCUGGGCGGCGUGGACUUCCUGCAGGACGCCAACGUGUACGGAGUGAGCGUACCAGGGUACGAAGGCCGGGCAGGCAUGGCGGCCGUCGUUCUGAAGCCAGACCAGACGCUGGACGGCGAGAAGCUCUACAACCAUCUGCGGGAGAACCUUCCGGCUUAUUCCUGGCCAUGGUUUCUGAGAGUUCAGCCGGCCCUGGACAUGACUGAGACGUUCAAACAGCGGAAGAGGAAGCUGGUCGAAGAUGGCUUCUGCCCCCAGCACGUCCUGGAGCCUCUCUACUUCCUGCACGCGUCUGAGAGAACCUACGUUCCCCUGACCGAGUGCCUCUACGACGACAUCGUCUCGGGCAAAGUCAGACUGUAGAGAAAGCCGCCAGAGUUCACUACAUUCAGAAAUAAAAAAUGUUCUACUAAAGCGGCCUACCCGCAGAGGUUUACACAAACAAGAGGAAAGCACCAGAAGAGCGUUUUUUUAAUUUCGCCGGACUUGUGCACAACCUCGUCCACGCUCGCCUCACUGAGGUCGAGGAGCUUCCCUGCUACAGAGUAAAAUGAACACUAGCUAGCGAGCUUUACCCCGCACCCGGUUCCUCUGUGUCACCUAGCAAUGAGGUGCGGGGAGGGCUGGAUCAGUGCAUAAUAUUUUAAUAUUUCAGAUAACAGAAAAAAACUUGCUGCACAUUAUUGACAAUUUUUUUUAAAAGACAUCGGUUUUCAUCACUAUUUAACACAAAGUUCUUAUUUCAUAUUUUUAUGCAUUAGUUGCUUAGUUACACGCUUGAGUUGAGAAGUCUCUGGAAUCUGCUGAGAGGGUUUCAAAAUUUUUGCGGCAUCUAGAGUUAAACUCAUUUCAAAUAUGCAGUUUUGACCCAGAUCUGGCACAGAAUCGCUAUUUCCUGUCCGUAGGACUUCAAAGGCAUUGUGUUCACCUGUACAUGUGCAAAUCUGCCACAGGAGAGAUUCAACCCAACAUCUGCUCACACGUGUACUUCUGAACUGUGUACAGACACCACUGGAAGCAGAACAUGGUGAUAAUACUGUGUCUUCAACAGUCAGGGUACCUUUCAACUUGAACAGACGUCUAAAGUAUCUUGAUUGGUCAGUGAUUACAAAGGCAACACAGGUCGUUCUCCACAAUAAACAAUAAACACUCCAUUAAUGGGGAUCAGAAGUUUCAGGAUUCCUGAAAUAUUUCAAAUACAUUUGAAAACUACUGCCAGAGAAGGUUUUGGUAUAUAUGCCAAACACACACACCAACUUCGCCAAGUGCGUUUAAAAAAAUGGCGAUUUAGCAGUACCUGGAACAUCCAACCAAAAAUUCUGCCUGUGGCUAAUCUCCUCAGCAGGAAACCCGUGCUUUACAAAUGUGAUAAAAUAAACAAAUAAAAGUGUCCCACAUCUUCAGGGGAAUAUUUAACCUUUGUUGCCAUAUGUAAGGUCAUAUUAUCUUACUCUUCAUUUUGGACUCAUGCGAACAACAAUAAUAAUAAUAAUAAUACACAUUACAGUGAUUCCUUCCAGAGGCACAGCUAGUGUGUAUUAGUAUUGCAUCAGUUAAAUAUGUGCCAGGUACAUGUACAUUUUACAUUGCCAUGUAAAAAAGUUGCACAAGUCGUUCUGGAUAAGAACGCCCGCUAAAUGCCUAUAAUGUAAUGUAAUAUAGGCCUAGUCCUUUUAGCGAGAAGUCUGACUCCUUUCCUGUUGAUGUUCCUCUGAGGGGUGGCUCUGUUUUAAUUAGGACUUGCUUGUCGCUGUGUUAAAUUGUUAACAGUAAAUUGAUAUGAUUACAUUUCAGAGGUUUGCAUAAUGCUCUUGUUAGGCCUCAGCACAUGACUGGCCAUAAACCAUUUUAGGGUCGGUUAUAAGGAAUGCGCUGUGUAUAGAUUAGUGUUAUAGGAUAAACACAGAGAUAGCUGAAAGGAUUACUGGGAUUAAUGUAGUGAAUAUGUAUUUGAACCUCGAUAAAUUUCAUGUAUGCGAAGUUGAACAUACAGCAAGCAGGACAAUGCCAGGUCUGUUUAGACCUGACUGGAUCCGCACAUUUCCCUACAUCAGUAUCGUAUAAAAACCUGCUGUUUGGAUUCUAUGUACACUUACUGCAUGGAUUAACUACCCUCUCAUGAAAUAAUCUGUGUACUUUUACUUGGGGGAAAACAUUUGUUUACAAAAAUGCAUAACCACAGUAGACAUUUUACUGUGUGUUAUAACCAUAAACUUUUUCAUAUGUAUACCUGUUCAUAGAUGUACUUCCAAAACUAAAAAUAAACACAACUGAUGAUAAUGGUUUCA